UCACUAACACAAACGGUGAUGUGGCAACAGGAUCGCCGUGUUCUGAAGGCAGUGGCGUUGUGGGUCUUAGGAUUUAGGAAAAAUUUGCCAGUGCUAAAAAAGCGAAUGCAGUUGACUGUCUGUUCGUCGUCUUGUGCCUGUAAGUGCUGAGCACAGGCAGAAAAUCCAUGUUCUUCGUGCAGUCAUGAUUGUUUGCAGUAAAAGAUCUAAUUUCGUUGACCAUCGGUGCAGAGCUUCCUAAUAAGUGCUCAGAAGGACCUGGAGGAACACGAAAGCCUCGAAAACGAUUCACGUCCUACGACCGAACACAACAGCGUUGCAUAUGAGCUGUCACUGCGUCGUAAAAUGGCAGCAAAUCGUAGCGUUGGGGGGCUGGAUGACAUAGACUACUUAUGCUUGAAAGUUUUCAAGAUUGUGAAGAGUGAAGCCCGUAUUGUUCUAUACUGCAUAUGGAAUUGGGGUUGCAAAAGAGACCUAACAGCGCCCUUCGAAGAUCAUGUAAAAAACGUACUCAAAUGGAGCAACAAUAAGUAUAACAAAACGUUUGAUGAUACCAUGCAAACAAAGAUUAAAAAUAAUCCAAAAGGGGACGAAUUUGAUGUGAGUUUACUGUACGCAUGCAUUUCCUCCACUUGCACUGGAUUCAGUGACUCUGACACAAAGACAUUCAUAAGACCAAUCAAAUUCUUCCGGAAUGACGUAAUGCAUAGUGAUAUAGUUAAAGAUGAGGCCUCCAUGAAUGAUGCAAUUGAUAAAAUUCGGCAAAUGUUGGUAGAUGCAUUAAACAAAGCAAAGGAAGUUUAUUUAGUGCCUGAGAAUGAAAUAGACGGUAUGAUACAACGCAUGGAUGAAACCAUUAAAGAGAUCAAGGAAAGCCCUGUUCCCCUGCAUGACAUCGAGGACUAUAGAGUAAAGGUGAAAGAGCAUCGAAAAGCCCUUGAAAAGCUCGUUGAAGAGAAAGGCGUGAGUUGUUUGAAGAAAACCUUCAAAUCGCUCUCUAAUGUAGAUCCAGCUUCUUGGAUAUCUGGGAAGGAAAGAUUAAAUAUCGAAAUGAUCUAUAUAAGACUUGAAAUGAAAUGGAAACCAAACAGUGGCAGCAGCUCUUAUGAACCUAUUGCACAUGAAAGUUUGCUGUGUCAGGCAUAUGAAGAUGGAAUCGUGCCAAAGAUCAUUAUAAUACAGGGUGAAGCAGGUUCUGGAAAAAGCACUUUAACCAAGUUUAUUUUGGCAGACUGGGCUAAGAAUUCCCCGUCUAUUAUAGGGCUACAAGAAUAUGAUUUAAUUCUUUAUGUUGAAUGUAAGAACAGGCGUAUAUCUAACUUUACAGAUUUGUUGACUUCAUUAAUGCCGCAGGUUUCAUACGAAAUGACAGACACAGAUUUCCGGCGCUCUGUGUUGGAGAAGAAGACCCUCAUAAUUGUUGAUGGCCUAGAUGAGAUGAAUGAAAACUCUGAGAAGCUUCUUACUGAAAUGUUUGAAAUCUACCAAAGUAGGAAAGACAACAGAUUCCAGUUCAUCAUGACAACUCGCCCACAGAAAAUCAAGAUUAAAGAAACACUGUGGAGCAAGUUCUCUACAGUUCACAUCAAGAUCCACGGAGUACCUGCAGAAAGAAGAGUGGAAUUUGUCCAAAAGCUUCAUGAUGAAAUGGUCAAAGAAGGUCUAAGUAAGGAAGACACGAGUAAGUUAGUGGACUACAUAAAGUAUUCAGAGUGCCGCUUGCAGGAACAUUAUCGUCUUCCUCUUAACUUAACCCUUUUAACGUACCUCUGGGCCAACGAUUCAAAGGCUGUCAACUCUGUUACUUCCACUACCCAAUUUUAUGUUGCUGUCCUGAACCUCCUAAAGGGUCGUGUUGUUUCCAGAAUACCUCAGGUAUCCUCAAAUCCCAUUGAGGUGUUCAUAGACAAAUUAUUAAAUAGGAUUUUUCAGGUCUCUUUUGAGACACACAAAGGAAACAGUCUGGAGUUGAGUGAAAAGUGCUACAAGAAGCUGGAAGAUGAAUGUAAGAAACUGAAUCUUCCUUCAGAGGAAAUACUUGGUGCAUUCUUUGUUGCUCACGAUAACUAUAAUGUGGACUGUGGUCCUAAUAAAUAUAAUCUUUUUGUCCCUCAUAAAUCAAUAAUGGAGUUUUUUGCUGCCAAUCACAUAUAUUCCUGCUUAGUUGAGGACAAAGUUGAGAGAUGGAAGGAAGAACUAGAAGACAUCAAAGAAAAAUACCCCGAGUUAUCAAUUGUAUACAAAGAAGAAAGUAAACCAAAAACACUUAGAGGUUUACUAAAAACUCUUUUAAAUGAUGGAAAAGAUUUAAGUCCUAACAUUUUACCUCAUUAUCAGAAUACUUUGAUUCAUUUAUCAGGACUAUUGGCACUUCAAGACAAAGAAGCUCUUCAUAAGUAUGGGAUUGAGCUUGUGGAUAUUCUAGAGGAAUCUGAAAUCAAAGAUUCCCAGUGGCUCGACCUGUUAGCUGAGGCAGAUUGUGACCCAUUACUUUCCACCUCGAUAGCAGAACACAUAUCAGGGAAGCUUGUGAUAGAAGAUGGACACACCCUUGCAGCAAUUCAACUCUUCAAGGACUUGGACUCUAAAACACCUGUGAGGGUUAUACUUCAGGAUGAAGUUAAAUAUAUUCCACAACUCGACACUCUGAUGGAGAAGCUGGCUGAGCGGGAUUGUGCUGUGGAACUUCUCCUCAACAACCAUUGGAAAAAUCCAGAUAAUGGACUGUCCACCACAUACUUGGAGAAACUGGUUAAAAACUCAAAUUGCAGAGUUACUCGCUUCACUGGAAACCUGGACAAUAUUGAAAUGCUCCCCAAGUACCUAGAGGAUGUUAGAUUAACUAUUUCCUGUAAUAAGCAGGCUGAAUUGAUCUGCAAAGGCAUUGCAGAACUAGAUAAGGAGCUACAUCUGAGUUAUAUUGGGAUUCAUGUCAUGAAAGGAGUAUCACCAUCCUUCUUGAAACCACUACCUGUAGUGAAGCCAAACCAGAAAGAAAGUGGCACCAUUUGGCUCUCAGACAUCAGCAACGAUGACGUCUCCAUUGCUUGUAGUCUCAUCAAGGCUUUACAUCCACCAAACAUGCGAUUUCACAGCAUCAUGUUUCCCCGUUGUCAACUGUCACUGAAUGGAUUCGAUUGUCUGCUGAACGAACUAGAAAAACAACGGGUGCAAAUAUCUAAGAAUAUCAAAACAGAUUCUCAAGCCCUCGGUAUACAUGAGGUACCAACUCUAAGGAAACUUACUAAGAAGUUGUUUGACUGUUUAUUUCACCGUGAUGACGGAUGGUCGACUUAGUAUAGAUUUGGAUUCCAUGGUGAUGGAGAUCAGCCAGCCAGAGACUAAAAGUCCUUUUGAUCAGAGGAUGAUAUUCAUCAUUAUAUUAAUCCACUACAGCACUACUUUCUUUUGUGGAUCAUAAAUAGAGCCAUUAUAUUUUUGCUAAUGUUAUAAACACAAAAUACAAAGUUCAUGUUUUUAGGUAAAAUGAGAGUGAUGCUCAGAAAGACAGACGUAAUUCCCUAGUUAUCAAACCCUUCUCUGGAAAUCAGAGAGAAACCAAGUUCAUGUUAAGUGCCUUUACAAAACUUGAAGUUUCCAGAUUAAAACAAAUUGAGAACCAAAGUGAUAAAGCUUCAUUAUACUUACUUGCACUGAGUGUUUGGUAAUCAACAACCACUGUUAAGAAUUUAAGUGUAGCCUAGUCUUUGAGUCUUUUGUUGGUUUGUUUAGUUACACCCUACCAAUUAUAUUCUAAUUUUCUAUUGUAAAGUAUAAGCAAACAAGUGCUUUUCCAACUGCAUUUUGUAUCCAUGAUCUAAACAGAGUUUGAGAAUUUGAUUUAAAAGGCUGCCUCUCAUUUAAGGUCCCGACCGUCUUCAUUUUUGCCCUGAGAUUACCACAGCAUCUACAAUUUGGUACCCAAAACCCGAUAAAUAAGUACUCAAUUAAUAUUAAGAAGUUUAAGCCCUAAAAUAAGUAGAUAUGGCAACAGCAUAGGAAUUAUUGAGGAGAUAGUCAGCUGCCAAUGGUUGGUAAACUUGAUCUGUUACAGGUAGGGGCUGAAGCAGCCAAAUGUUUGAAAAGUAAGUAUUAUUACUGAGACUGCACUGCAUCUGUUUCCAGAAUAUAUAAAUCAGAAGUGAACUUCCCAUGUAUUCUGGUGAUUUGACUGAGUGGCAGUAUUUUUGGGAAAGACUUGAUGUGCUAGUUUACCAGAGUGAGCUGCCAGUUCAUAACAAGUUUAGUUACUUGCAAUCAUUACUUCAAGGGGAAGCACUAACAGUUACUGAAUCAUUUUUGCUCAGGUUCAAGGCCUACUGAAUGUUUCCUUUGCACCCAGAGGCAAGUGAGCUUACAUAGUCUUUGUGGAAGUUACAAGUCUAGCUGUUGAAGCAUGUAAGAAGUUUAAAAGCCCUUGCAUCAGCGGUGACCAGUAUAGUGUGGUGUUGACUCCUGUCAUCCUGUCUUGACUUCUGCAAGAUAUGUAGUUAGAAUGAUCCAGGGAAUGUGCAGGACAUGAAAGUGAUUUGAAGUAUGUGGCUGCUGAAGUUUCUUCAGGAGAUCCUGCGUCAUGAAAGGUCAGAAACAUUUAAUGAGUUAUCCAUGGAGAAGAAGGUGCAACAAGAGGCCGAGAGAAAAAAGGUUAAUUUGGCUUUAGUCUUGCAGAUGUAAUACAAGGAAGGUCCCCCAUGGUAAGUGUUUUGUCAGAAGUGCCGCCUUUCUGAGCAGUUAGACAGCCAUAAUCAUAGACUCAAAAUUUAUAUGACAGUUAGAACUGUUUUAAAUGUUUUCUUAAGGGACAUCUCUCUAAAGAUUGUAAAAUAAAAACAAAAUGUACUAAAUGUAUUGGGUUUUAUAAGGUUUCAUUUUGUAACUAUGGUAAAUCGAGUUAUGAAACUAGUAAAUUUCUCGUUAAACAAAAUACCAGUAAUAACUUAAAUGAUCAGGCUAAUGUACAAUCAAGUGUUGCUGUCAAUACCGGUACUGUUAAGCAUGUUAUCAUUUCUCAUGAUCAAAGAUUGAAGAGAACUGUGCUUCAGACAGCUAAAGUCAACUUCAUACAAGUGGUGGUAAAUGCGUUGAGGCUGUUGUAAAUGUUUGAUUUAUGAGCAGAUAACACCUAUGUAGGUCGUAACUUUGUUAGCAGAGAUAAGCCUAAGUGGGGAACAUCUAAGUACAUUCCAUAUUGAGCCUUUGGUGAUGGGAAAUCACAAAACAUGAGAGAACGAAAUGUAUAUGAAUUUAAUCGACAUCCAGGGUAAAAACCAUUCUAUACUUGCAGUUGAGGUUAUGUCUAUUUGUCCCCUUUUGAGACGUCAAAAGCUACCUGAUGAUAUUUUCCAGUCCUUUUCACAUUUAAAGUUAGCUGAGGACUAUGGUUAUAACCGUGAUCUCGUUUUGGAUAUUUUUGGAUAUUUUGAUUGGUGUUGAUUAUUAUUGGAUAUUUAUUAAAGCAGAUACUAUUGUAAGAUUUGAGGAUUUAGUUGCCAGUGAAUCAGUGUUUGGUUAUAUUUUGUCUGGUUCAUGACUAAGGGUCCAUAAGGAGAUUAUAUCUCAUCAACUAACUGUUGUGUAUUAAUAUAUAGCUAAUAAUGUUAAUGAGUCUGACUGACAUAAAAUUUGGAGGUACAGUUGAGUAUGUUUAUGUCAGGUAUGAUGUUGCUUUAUGGAAAAAUGAAGGUGCUAAAUUGAGUUUACUUAACAAUGAGAAUAAAGCUAAGAUGAGAUUAGCUGUGCUCAAUCAUAAACUUCAGAAAAUCCCUUAUCUGAAAAUGGAGUUUGACAAAGUACUUAUUAGUUAUGAGGAGGAUAGCAUUAUUGUUGAGGUACCUUUUUCUGAAUUGGAAAGUCCUUACCCUUAUGCUACAUAGACCUGUAAUUAACACACCAUUUCCUCAAAGUUUAGGCCUGUGUUUGAUGUUUCAGCAAAAGGACCUGAUGACGUUUCUUUGAAUGAUUGUUUGCAAUCUAUCCUUUAUUUCUUGAUCUUGUGGAAGUUUUAUUAAUGUUCAGAAGAUGGAAUAUCGCUUUGACAGCAGACAUUAUAAAGGCUUUUUGUAGCAAUGUGGUGACAUAGUACAUGUAUUGAGAUUUGUUACAGUGCCUAUUGGAAUACUAGUACAGUCUUUACUGAAUGCUACUAUUAAACAUCAUUUGGAUUUACACAAUGAUUCAGUUACAUUUCAAGAGCUUAAAGAGAAUUUGUAUGUAGAUGAUUGGCUCUCAGGUGCACAGUUGAAGAAGCCAGUAGAAUGUUUAGCGAAGUUCAGAGUAUAUUAUUAGAUUCUGGUAUGACUUUAUCCAAGUGGCACACUAACAAUGAAUUUUUGAUUAAUCAGCAUUAUCAGUAUUUUGAACAGAGGUUGAGGAUGUAACAAAAUUGUUAGGACUAUAUUAGAACUUAUCAGAUGUAUUUUGAUUUAAAGGUCUCAACUUAGUUGAUAGUUUUGAGUUUAAUUAUGCUAAAAGAAAUUUGUUAAGUAUGAUUGAUAGAUUAUUUGACCCAUUUGGCUUAAUAAGGCCUUUUACCAUGUGUGCUAACAUAUUGUUUCAAGAAAUAUGGCAUCUAGGCUCUGACUGGGAUGAAAUGACAUCUCCCUUCUGCUAGUAUAUAAAUAUAGCAUUAGACUCUCCUCCCAGUCCCUUGGCAUUUCUUCCUCUUCCUAUAUAGCUUUUAAUAAAUCCAGCAUCUAUUUCUCCCCAUCUGUACCUAGUAAUUAGAUCAUUACAAUUGGAACUCCGAUGGACCUGGUGUUUUACCAUUCUUCAUUUUACUCUCUUUACUUCUCUAUCCUGUGUCUCCAUCAGUGGUCUCUCCACCCUCUGUGUUUCCCCCAUCUCUUCUCUCUCAUUUUCAGUAUUUAAAAGUUGUUCAAAAUACUCUCUCCAUCUCUGCUUAAUGUCUUCAUCCCUAUACAAAAUAUUUCCAUCCUUAUCCUUGAUGACACCCAAUUUACCAAAUCCUGUCUCUGCCUUUUCCUCAAGUUUGAAAUCUUACAAAUAUGGCUCUUCCCACCAGUUCCUCUGCUUCCCCACACAUAUUUCUCUCAUGUCUGCCCAGGUAUUUUCCAUUCUGUUACCCUGUCCAACUUGUACGUUCCCCCUUUCUCACAGUCCUCCAAAAUUGCUCCCACUUUUCUCCUUCAAGUUCCCAAAUCCUAAUUCUAGAUCUUCUCUUUCUCUUCUUGGGUUUCCUCCCUCUCAUUUUCAAAUCCAUUACCACCAACCUAUGUUGUUUAACACUUGCUUCUCCCAAGAUUACUUUGCAGUUCAUCACAUUGCUUUUAUCAGCUUCUCUAACCAGGAUAUAAUCUAUUUGGCUUUGCACUCCUCCACUUUCAUAAGUUAUCAAGUACUUAUCCAACUUCUGAAACCAUGAUUUCAUACAUGCCAAUUCAAAACUCUUAGCCAUCUCCAAUAUAUAAUCCCUAUCUUCAUUUCUAAUGUCAAACCCGUGGCCUCCGUGUACCUCCUCAUACCCCUCUCUUCUCUCUACCACCCUGCCAUUCAUAUCAGUUUCUAUUAUUGGUUUUUCGUCCUCCCUCACUGUUCUACUGACAGCCUCAAAGCUCAAACUCAUCUAAAUAGUUCUUUAUCUUGCGAUUGGCACCCCAUCUGAGGAGCGUAUGCUGGUAUUAUACUUAUUAAUUUGUCCCCUAUUAUUAUUGGAAUCUUUAGAAACCUAUCAUUUACUCUCUUUAUUUCUACCACUUUUUCCUUCCAGUUGUUACUUAUAAUUCCAACUCCAUUUUCCCUUUUGUGACCCGCUGUAAUGAAACUUAAACCCAUUCCCUAUCUCUCUAGUUCCCCUCCCUUUCCACCUAGUCUCAUGCACACUCAAGAAAUCUAUCCUCCUCCUCUAAAUCACAUCUACUAUCUCCCUCAGCCUUCCUGUUAGAGUAUCAACAUUCCACGUACCUGCUCUUAUCUUCCACUCUUUCAUUAACUUCUUUGGCUGGAAUUGUGAACCCUGUGAUAUCCCUCACCCAAUUAUCACAUCAGAAGGGGGAUUCUGACGCUCUUCACUUACAACGUCAGGCCUGGUUUAUUGUCUGGCACAGGGUCUUUUAUGACCUCGUGCCCUUGCUGUAAUCAACGACAGUUAUUGGCAGUGGGCCUAGCCUUUGACUAACAAGUCCACCUGCCAGGCAGCAGCUUCCGCAGUCAUUGGCAGUGGUUCUAGCCUUAUACUAAAAAGUAAGACUGCAAGGAAGCAGUUUCCACAUGUAUCAGCGGUGGGCGUAGCCUUUUACUAAAAAGUAAGAGUGCAAGGUAGCAGCUGUCCUUUUAGAGCCUUUUACAACACGCAGAACCUAUGGUUGUAGUAUUCUUACAUGUAUACCUAUAUCAGAUAAGGUACUUCAUGCAUCAUUUGCUAUUGCUUCAACUAAAGUGGCUCCUAUCAAGGAGUAAUGCAAAGGACAAGAUUUCUAUUUGUGUACAAAGGGAAUAUUAUGAGAAAGAAAUAAGUGUUUUGUCUUGAGGAAACCUCUCCCUAGGAAUUCCUCCUUGGGGAAACUUGACCCUUUUCUUGACUGUAAGGGAUUAUUGAGAAUCAAGGGUACCUUACAAUAUUCUGACAUGAGUUAUGACAGCAAGCACCCUAUUAUAAAUCCUAAUUGUCAUGUGUCUAAACUUAUAGUGCCGUUUCAGCAUAAAUUUCUGAAGAAUACUGGUGUUAAUGCUCUCAUGUCAACCAUCAGAAACUCUUAUUGGAUUAUUGGAUUAAGGCAACUGGCCAAAAGGUUUGUAAAGAAUGUGUUGUUUGCAAAAGAUUUGACUCUAGGAUAUGUGAUCAGCAAUUCCCUCCUUUGCCAGAACUGAAAGUUAAUAAUUGUUCGGAAAAGGCAACUCGAUAAAUUUUGGAAAGUGUGGAAUGAUGACUGUUUAAAGAAUUUGCCACCUGCAGUAUAGAACCUGACAUCUAAUUGUAAUCUGAAGAAAGGUUCUGAUGUAUUGAUAAGAGAAGGCAAUGGUCCUAGGUUGAGAAUGAGUUGGCCUUUGUGUAUAGUUACUGAUUUAUUUCCUGGCAGGGAUGGUACAUAUAGUAAGAUGUGGUAAUGUAUGAACUACUAGUGGGGUGUAAGGAUUAUCUAUACAAAAGUUACAUGAUUUAGAUAUUUUCUGUGAUGUUAUUAAUGUUAGUGGAAAUGCUCAAACUUCUGUAGGGAGUCCUAUACAAGGAUGUUGAUGUUGAAAAUACUGAUGAAUAUAAGAAUCUUGAUCAGGUGAAGACAUCUGGGAUAGGGCAUGUGAUAAAGAACUCAUUGAACAGUAGAUUAUGUUUUUCAUAAUUUGAGAUCUGACUGUAUCUACUCUAUUUUUUUAUAGGAGCUUGGUGGGGAGUAUGUUAAGAAUGUAAUUGUAGUCUGAAUCUUUCAUUUGUUUGAUUAGCUACCCUCCCCCGCCCCCUACAAAUUAGGUACUCAUUUUGUUUGUGUAUUAUGAAUAUUUCUCUUCCUGUAUUUGUGUUGUAAACUUCUGAGAAAAGAGACUGAAAAAAUUUCUUUGCUUGUUUAUGCCAUUAUGAAGUUAUGUAACGUAUAAGCACAGAAGUACUUAUUCUCAAACUGCAUUUUGUAUCCACAAUGUCGACAAAAUGAAUAAACAGAGUUUGAAUUUAA